GGAGAAGUGACAGUGGACACAGACACGGGACUCUUGUUUAAAACAUAACUAAAGCCUGGAAGACUGUGCGAACCACUGCCAGGCAUAAUAAUUCUGACAGCUAAGGAUACCGUAGAAUCGAAGAGACGAACAACAGUUAACUACUGCUAAGGUGCACUCAGAAAAUCAAGCACCAAAGAAGCUAAUGAUAUAAGUACUCGUAUUCAGUGUUUGAUCAUUCGGAGAUUCAAUUUCAUCUUCGUUCGUGUUCAUAAAGAAUAUAGGAAGUGUUACAAUCGCCUUAAUUAACAUUCCAACUCGAUGAAGUUCCGGGAAGUCCUCGGCUCUGUGAAGAUGACGGCCUGGGUGGCGGCGGCGCUGUGCUGCUGGGACUGGGCCCGCGCAGACUACGACUUCCCCUGGAUGACGGCAGACGGUGCUCCGCCUACCUUCAGGAUCAACACGUCUGAGUACGAAUUCGCGCAUGCCAUCGUCAGGCCAGGCGAGUCCGAGAAGGAGGAGGAUCGAGGGGCCUCGCCUGCUGAGUCGCAAAUGGCAGCGCCUCGUCGUGUCCAGGGGCUCCUCCAUCACGCUCAACUGCUCCGUGGCCGACCCCGGAGACAUUUCGGUAACAUGGACGAGGAAUAAAGAGGUUCUCACCGUUGACAGAUACAGGUUUAGCAGCGACACCCGGCUGAGCCCUCUGCACGAGCCAGGAUCCCGAGAAUACAACCUCAGAUUCUCCAACGUCACGCCGGCAGACUCGGCUGUUUACGAGUGUCACGUUGGGACUCGGCCCGAGCAGAUUGCACGGGUCAAGCUGUCUGUCAUAGAUGCCUACUCGGUGAUCUUCGGGUCGUCGGAGGUGGCGGUGCCGAAGGGCGGAACGCUGUACCUGCUCUGCAUGGUGCUGCAGGUAUUCGACAUCCCCGAGUACAUCAUCUGGUAUAGGAACAGUACCAUACUUGAGUACAACAGGAUGACUAUUUCGGUCGUGACGGAGGAAGAGACGCGCUCCAGCGAACUCCGGAUCCGCAACAUAACGUACGCGGACGCCGGAAGGUACACGUGCCAGCCCUCGAACGCGUCGCCGGCGCACGUCCAGGUGGAGGUGUUUCAUGACACAAAGAACAAAUCUGGAAAGGCGCAGAAGUGUGACGACUGCGUGCUGUUCCUGCAGCUGGGGGCGACCUUCGCCUUCUUCACCGUCAGUUUCAUCGUGGCCUUCUGCGUGCACGGCCGCCGCAGAGGCCCUUGCAAUGACCAUCACCUCUCGCAGGAUCGCUACGUCCCUCCCGAUAUUGACAAAACGCUCUAAAGCUGAGACGUGUUUUCCAUACUUCUGGCAAGUUCUUGUGUUUCAAAUUUCAAACCGUUUUCUCUUUUGGAAACCAUCCCAAUUCUAGUGAUCAUUGCUGUCCACCUGUUUUGAUACUUGUUGAGCCCAAUAAAAAAAAA